AUGGCGCUUCUCAGCAACUUCUUCGUUUGGUUUUUCUGCUUUUCCUGGCUGUGUUUUCCUAUUAGCCUUUGUUCUCAGGCUUCUAGAGGAGAAGUUGAGAUUGCAGCUGGUACGGAAUGGGAAUCUGAGGCAGUGCCUUGGUCCUUGGUGAAGCCUCUAGAUAAAAAAGACAGACCGGGCUCCCUUCCCCCUCUCUUCAAGGUUCUGUAUGAUGGGCAAGGGGGCGCCCCUAGGCUGCAGCCAGACUCCAGAGCUUUGCGUUACAUGAAGAGACUCUAUAAGUCCUAUGCUACCAAGGAGGGGAUCCCUAAAUCCAACAGAAAUCCUCUCUACAACACUGUUCGGCUCUUCACAUCCUGUGCCCAGCACAAGCGGGCUCCUGGGGACCAGGUGACAGGAACCAUCGCCUCCGUGGACCUGCUGUUUCACCUGGAUCGUGUUACUGCCCUGGAACGCUUACUCAAGUCAGUCUUGCUAUUUACCUUCAGCAACUCCAUCUCUUUUCACUCUGCUGUUAAAUGCAUGUGCAACCUGGUGAUGAAAGAGCCCGCGUUUUCUAGCAGGAACCCCCACCGAGCUCAGUCCUCCCUUACGUUUAACUCACAGUUUGAAAUUACAAAGAAACAGAAGUGGAUUGAGGUAGAUGUGACUGCUCCUUUUCAGCCUCUAGUGGCCUCCGACAAGAGGAGCAUUCAUAUGUUGGUGAAUUUGACGUGCGUGAAAGACCAGCUGCAGCCCCCUUCAGCACGGGACAGGCCACUUAACGUGACUCUUCUGGUGCCCCCCUCACUGCUUCUAUAUCUGAACGACACGAGUGCCCAGGCUCAUCACAGGUGGUAUUCGCCUCACUAUAAAAGGAGGCCUUCCCAGAGUGCUGGCCACAAGAGAGGGCUGUCUGCCUGUCCGCAGGGAGAGAAGUCGGCUGAGGGCGUGCGACCUUCCCGUCGUCGGAGAGGUCAGGAAACUAUCGGCUUGGAAUUGCACAAGCCUCUGGUUCCAGCUUCUUUGAAUCUGAGCGAAUACUUCAAACAGUUUCUUUUUCCCCAAAACGAGUGUGAGCUCCAUGACUUUAGACUUAGCUUUAGUCAGCUGAAGUGGGACAACUGGAUCGUGGCCCCGCACAGAUACAACCCUCGGUACUGUAAAGGGGACUGUCCAAGGGCAGGUGGACAUCGGUAUGGCUCGCCAGUUCACACCAUGGUGCAGAAUAUCAUCCACGAGAAGCUCGACUCCUCAGUGCCAAGACCCUCCUGUGUGCCUGCCAAGUACAGCCCUCUCAGUGUUCUGGCCAUUGAGCCGGACGGCUCGAUCGCUUACAAAGAAUAUGAGGAUAUGAUAGCCACUAAGUGCACCUGUCGUUGACACAGGGCUCUGCAGACUAAAACCUGAGCCUUUUCGGCAAAGGAAAUGCCAUGCACCUAUCUGUGCCUUCAGGAGAAAGUUCUGUGUGUCAAAUCUUGAUAAUGCAAAAUGUGGUGUGUAAGGGGGAGCUUUUGUAAAUUAACACACGCUGUGGCAUCUAUCCGUGGAAAGGGGUAACAUCUGCCUCUUAACUUUCCAGGUGUAAAUAAAAUGUCAUUAUUUUGGAGGACUCUAAAUUUCUUUCCCCUGAAUGAUUUUUUUUUUCAUUAGAUUGGAAUCUUGUUUUUGAUAAAAGAAAAAAAUCAUAAACCUUGGAUGGAACCGCAGCUCUAAGGAGACAGUUGAGAGCACAGUAGUUGUAUUUAAUGGAAGAAUAAAUCCUCAAUGGCAGACA